GCGCUUCUUCCUUUCGCGAUAUCUAUGUUUCGCAUCAUCGGGAUUUGAAAUUAUAUAGAAUUAAACAGCUUUAAUGCUAAGCGAAAACAUUAACAGCCGCGUGUGAACACUGUCAAAACACCUCUUCCGUGUCUAAACUUUCCCCAUCGCUCUCUCUCUCUCUGUCUCUCUCGCCCACCCCUGAUCCCAAGAAUCUCUCUUUUGCACUAUCCGCACAGUUCGUUGGGCACUCUCGCUGUCGAGGUUUCGAAAUGGAUGGGGUUAUCGUUGGCUGGAUGCCUAAGUCUGCCGGGGUCCAGAGUUGCCCGCUGCAAGUGAUGCUCAGCCAGAGGAAGAUCAAAGCGAGGAGGAAAGGGCGAAAGGAGUUGUUCCUUGGACAGAUGUGCUUCAUGGGGCUUUUGCUUAUGGUGGUGUGCGGUUUAUCGCGUGUUGCUGAAAGCACAGGUUACCGCCCACUCAGCGAUGGACCAAAGGCUACUCCAGGCUGGGAUAGCCGUCGGCUACUGCAGGACUAUGAAAACACCUACACGUACAUACCAGAAACAACAGAGGCGACGGAGCGACCGCCCAAAAACUGUACCGAGCCAGCUCUUCAUGAAUUCCCCACCGAUCUCUUCACCCACCAGGAGAGGGUCGAGGGAGCGGUCGCACUGCAUGUUCUAUGUGCCAUGUACAUGUUCUACGCCCUGGCCAUUGUGUGUGAUGACUACUUUGUUCCAUCGCUGGAGAAAAUCUGUGAGCGAUUGCAUCUGAGUGAGGAUGUUGCUGGAGCAACCUUCAUGGCAGCAGGAAGUUCAGCCCCAGAGCUUUUCACCUCUGUCAUUGGGGUGUUCAUUACUAAGGGUGAUGUCGGGGUGGGAACCAUCGUAGGCUCUGCUGUCUUCAACGUUCUAUGCAUCAUCGGCGUCUGUGGAAUAUUUGCUGGACAGGCUGUGCGACUCUCCUGUUGGACUCUAAUGAGGGAUUCAGUGUUCUACACCAUAUCAGUGACCACUCUAAUUGUGUUUAUAUAUGACGAGAAGGUUACAUGGUGGGAAUCUCUCACACUCGUGCUGAUGUACCUUGUUUACAUUACGAUAAUGAAGCUGAACUCAACUGUGGUGCGUUUCAUUGAGAGGCGUAAGAAGAACUCUGGUAACCUGGGCAACGGCAAUGCCAGCAACGCCGACCUAGAGGAUGGUUGUGACGCCACAGUGGUGCUGCUGAAAAAAGCUAACUUCCACCGGAAGCCGUCCGUGUUGAUGGUGGACGAGCUCCUGUCGGCCUACCCCCACCAGCUGUCCUUCUCCGAGGCCGGCAUGCGCAUCAUGAUCACCAGCCACUUCUCCCCGCGCACCCGCCUCACCAUGGCCUCCCGCAUGCUCAUCACCGAGAGGCAGCGCCUGAUAAAUGGACACCUCAUUAACGGCGAUUCUGACAUCUCGGCCAAGCUGCCGGGUCGGCGGGCGGUGGAGAACGGGCUGGGGGGCAUGGAGCGUGGGCUCAACGGGCGCCGCGGGGGUCACCGCGACGACGACCGAGGAGGAGCCGAGACCGGCACGGACACGGAAAACGAAAACGAAGACAACGAGAACAACGAAAAUGACGAGGAGGAGGAGGAGGAAGGGGAGGAGAAUGAGGGACCCCUCGUACCGUUUCAAGUACCAGGUGGUUGCUGUAAUAAGGUAAAGUGGUUGCUUGCCUGGCCGCUGUGUCUGGUGUUGUACUUCACCGUGCCCAACUGUGCCAAUCCUCGUUGGGAGCGGUGGUUCAUGGUAUCGUUUUUCAUGUCCACGGUCUGGAUCGCUGGCCUGUCCUACAUCAUGGUGUGGAUGGUGACGGUCAUCGGGUUUACCCUGGGCAUCCCUGAUGUCAUCAUGGGGAUCACGUUCCUGGCAGCUGGCACCAGUGUCCCAGACUGCAUGGCCAGCCUUAUCGUGGCACGACAAGGCCUCGGUGACAUGGCUGUGUCCAACUCCAUUGGCAGUAACGUGUUUGAUAUCCUGGUGGGCUUGGGUUUGCCCUGGACUCUGCAAACUCUGGCCGUCAACUACGGCUCCACUAUUCACCUGAACAGUAAAGGACUCAUCUUCUCAGUAGGCCUCCUGUUGGCCUCUGUGUUUCUAACAAUUGUGGGCGUACAUCUGAAUAAGUGGGUCUUAGACCGCCGCUUGGGCAUAGCCUGUCUGAUGAUGUACGCAGUCUUCCUCUGUUUCUCCAUCCUCAUCGAGUUCAACAUUUUCACCUUCGUCAACCUGCCCACCUGCCGAGAUGCAGCCAUCUGAAGACACUUCUUCUUCGUCCUCCCUCUCUGCCAUCCUCUUCCUCACCUGUGUCUCUGUGAGGUGGAGCAUCCUAGAGCCUGCUGGGAGAGAUCUCUUUUCUCUUUUUUUUUUUUCAAUCUUUCACUGAUCUUGUAAUUUAUUGAUCUUUGGAUUAUUGUCUUUGUCUUUGACAAUGGUGCAAUACAGACAAAUGCCCUGUGCCUAGUUGUUGUUUUUUCCCCCCCUUUUUUUUCGAGGCGGGCAUUUGUUUGAAAAGAAAAGGAUCUCUGGUACGAAAGAGGAUGACGGAAUGCACCUCAGACAGGAAAGAGACACAAAAGAGAGAUAUUUUUGAUGACUACUGCCUGAUUUGAUGUGAAUAUGGGGAGAAGUUUUUAUAAAUUUGAAACGGACUGCAUUAGGAAAAUGAUGCUAACUCAAUUCUAUUUUACAAUGAGAUCUUUGUUUGUUUGUUGUGAGCUGCUAACUAGCUGGACAAUGAAGAGUUUUUGUUGUUCUGCCGAUAAUCAUUGGAACCAUGGUUAAUAGUAUCAGUUAAAAUAUAAAUAUAUAAAUAUACAUUAGUUUAUUAAGAGGUGUCUAUUGAAAGAUGACUAUUACAAAUACUGAAGGGUACUGGUGACCUGCUGCGUGUGUGUAUAUAUACAGAUCUGUACAGAUUUGAUUAGAUGUUGAUUACAGUGACAUGGUUGACCAUGUUCAGAUUCCUCAGAUCCCUUUUCUUAACCUGGGCAUUACUGGCCUCCUCCUGGCUUUUACACCCACCAGAGUCCCUUUGCCUUCCCUCAUCGAGGUCUAUCAACAACAUGGAAGGUGCGACACAACAUGAGCCCCCAUGAGGACCACUUGGACAAACACUAGUGGAGAUCUUGACUGGAGCUGUUGUAUAUAGAAUGUACAGUAUUUACAUUUGCUGGAUGGAAAUGCAAUGUGUACAUUUCUUGAUUUCAGUAGGCAGUGGAGUAGAUCAUGUGUCCGUGUGGAUAUGAGGCACAGGAAGUGGUGUCUGAUUCAUCAUGUGCGAUUUUAGAACCUUCUCUGGGACUUUGAAAGAGACACUGUGGUGGGGUCAUGCAUUGGGGGAAAGGUUGCCAGCAGAAAUCUAUACCUAUACAUAGAGUCUGGUGGAGGAAUACAUUUGUGUACAAAAUACUUUUUGAUGUUUGGUUUUGUCUUUUGCUUUCACUUGUGUGCUGUACAUACUGAAACAUGUAUGUGUAUUUAAUAAUUUAUUGAGAUCUAUUUAUGCACUUUUUAGAGAUUGCAAACAAACAAAAAAUACACCCACAGCUGUCCCAAAGAACAGGUUAUUCUGGAAAUUCAGUCAAACUAUGUUAAUUUUAUGCCCAUAUUUUUUUGUCAGAUCCUUUUCUACUGUAUUUCCUUCUGGUUCUUGACUUGGAGAUUUUACACACUUUAGAUACCCCUUUGACUAUUAAAUUAUAUUGUUUCUACUAUUUGUUAUAUAUUAUAUGGCAGAGUAUGGUGAGAUUAUUGUGUGAGUAAAGCUGUGUUCAAAAAAACCCUCCCUGAGUAUUCAGGUGAGAGCAAUUAUUUUCUUGCAUUGGCUGUUUUGACAUCUAGAGGUAGACACAUCUGUGUGGUUGUUUGGCUUUGAAAUGUCUUACAGGCUGAUUAGCAGGAUAUUAUUCUGCUAAAAUGAAGCACCAAGGUACACUUUACGUCAAUAAUCUGUGUGCGUGUGAGAGAGUGGUGAGUGUAAUGUUUCUUUCUGUAUGUGUGUGCACUCAACUAGUAUGUACACAUGUAUGUGUGUGCAUGAUUGUAUCCCUCUCCAAAAUGUAACUUAAAUGUCAUACUCUAAAAUCCCCAGAGACCUCCUCUGUUCAGACAUUUUGUUUUCUAAGUUAACCCUGAACUGUACCUGCUCUCUCACACCGACACUGGCUUUACUUAUACAUAACCCACGUAAAUUUUCUGAAGUUCCACCCGCAGUACAUACAGUAUUGUGGGAUCUUGUCAUCCUGGUAGCUUGACAGUGUUGUGUGCAGUCUGGUUCUGUAUCAUGAAGAUCUACUUACUGUAUACUGCCAUCCAAAUUCACUUUUCCAUUAUCUUUUAAUGGAAUCUUUGGCCAACCUUUGGUGAAUCAUUACUAUGGGUGAAUCUGUGGAUUUUGGAGCUAUGAUAUCCAUGUUAUUUCCUGUUGUUUAAUAAGCUUACAUGGGGUUGACCGGGUCUUAUCAUUUGAAGUUCUGGUUUUGCCACUUUACAUACUUUCCUAGUCCAAUGGCACAUUGCAGGGAAUUAUAACAUACUGUGUGACACGUCCAGUGUUCUUGUUCAUAUUAUAAUAGGUUCAGUUGAUAAGCUUUUCAGAUUUUGCUGCAAAAUAAGUAUUUUUCUGUUUUGUCACAUAGCAUCUAUUUGUAUUCCGUUACGCGCAUAAUAAUGUUAAUGUUUAGAAGUUGUUUCUGAUUUUUUUUAUUUUCCCUUUUUUUGUUUGCAUUAGAAUAUCUUUCAGAGGAUCUGUCUUUUUGGCUUAUGUUUCUACUGCUCAUAAAACAAUAUUCAGCCAGUCAAUCGUCUUGCAGAGUUUAGUUCAGGAAAGGAACACACCCAUGUCCCAGACAGGAGUUGUGUGUACUGUUCAAGUUUACUGCUCACUAAUAGUUUGUUCCAACGACCUCUUUAUCACUACAGACAUAACCAGCAUAUGCGUAGUUUAUUGAAAACCAACUCCUUACGUGUGACAGGAGACUUAGUGAGGUUUUAUGCUCCCAACUCUACAUAAGAGGGUAUCUCUCCCAGUUCUCAGAGUAGUGCAAUAGGGAUUGAAUUGUUAUAGAUGUCUUGUGAUUACCUGCGUAGCGAAUGUACAGUGUGAUUUUGGACUGAUGUUUUAAGGGAUGUUCUUUAUUUGUUGAGGUAAAUGUGUAGAUAAACACUCUGGAAAGUCAAGGGAAAACAGGGUUCAAUAAUGAAAAUGAAAUAAAAAAUGUCCUGUUGAUUGAUAAUGCAAUAAUGAUUAGCUUUAUUAUUGUAUAUCUUCGG